UGACUAUAAAUUUUGCAACUCUCAUUCUCUUUCUUCGUCUCUCUCCAAAUUUAGCUGAGAUUUCAGAGUAUGAUCCAGCAGACUCAGAUGCUGUGUAUGUGUUUGUAUGCAUAGUGGGUAUAUUACUUUUGCUGCAGAAUCACAAGGGGAAUCUGUGAUUAGCUAUUGUCCUUCAUUUUGUUUCCCAAAAGAAUGAGAGAAAAUCUGUCAGAGCCAUGGCUAGUUACCUUUGUGACACUUUUGACCACUCUGAUAGUUGCAAAAGUAAUACAGUCAACGUUGAAGAAGUCAGAGAAACGAACACAGCGAUUGCCUCCGGGAAGAAGAGGCUGGCCGUUGAUCGGUGACAGCAUCAAUUGGUACAAUGCAGUUGCAAGUUCUCAUCCUCCUCAGUUUGUUGAAGAAAUGGUUCAAAGGUAUGGUAAGAUAUUUUCUUGCAGCCUAUUUGGGAAAUGGGCAGUGGUGUCAGCAGAUCCUAGCUUCAACCGCUUUGUGAUGCAAAACGAAGGGAAAUUAUUUCGAUCGAGUUAUCCGAAAUCAUUCAGAGAUUUGGUUGGUAAAAAUGGUGUGAUCACAGUGCAAGGUGAACAGCAGAGGAAGCUGCACGGGAUUGCCUCCAACAUGAUGCGGUUAGAGAAGCUCAAGCUCCAUUUCUUGAAUGAUAUUCAGAAGGUCCUGCUUCAAACUCUCAGCAAUUUCAAGAACAAUCAAGUCAUCCUCCUCCAAGAUGUUUGCAGGAAGGUUGCCAUAAACCUAAUGGUUAAUCAACUAUUAGGAGUGUCAAGUGAAUCUCAAGUCAAUGAAAUGGCUCAACUGUUUUCUGACUUUGUUGAUGGUUGUUUAUCGUUUCCCAUCAACUUGCCAGGGUUUGCAUAUCACACUGCUAUGAAGGCAAGGGAGAAAAUCAUAAGCAAGAUAAACAAGACCAUAGAUUUACACAGGCAACAAGGUCCUGCAGUAGUUGGUAAUGGUGUGCUUGGAAGGCUGCUGGAGGAAGAAAGCUUACCGGACGGCGCAGUUGCAGACUUCAUCAUCAAUCUUCUCUUUGCAGGGAAUGAAACUACCACCAAAACAAUGCUUUUUGCAGUCUAUUUCCUCACUCAUUGCCCUGAAGCCUUGAAAGAGAUACUGGAUGAACAAGAAUCUGUGAGGAGUAAUUCAGGAGAAGAAAUGCUUACAUGGCAAGAUUAUAAAGCAAUGCCAUUCACUCAAUGUGUAAUUGAUGAAACACUAAGACUUGGAGGUAUUGCAAUUUGGUUAAUGAGAGAAGCAAAAGAAGAGAUUUUGUGGUACCCAAGGGAUGCUUUGUGGUUCCAUUUCUUUCGGCAGUUCAUUUGGAUGAGAAUGUGUACAAAGAAGCUUCAGGCUUCAAUCCAUGGAGAUGGAUGGACCCCAAAAACGAGGAAAAGAGGAACUGGAGAAGUAGUCCAUUCUAUGCACCCUUUGGAGGAGGUGCUAGAUUCUGUCCAGGAGCAGAGCUGGCUCGCCUUCAGAUUGCUCUAUUUAUCCAUUACUUUGUUACUACAUAUAGCUGAUGAGUUUGCACGUUUUGAUCUCAGAUGGACACAAGAGAAGGAAGAUAAGAUGUCCUUCUUCCCCUCUGCUCGGCUAGUGAAUGGCUUCGAAAUUCGCCUAACCAGACGCCAUGAUCAUGAAACCAACUGACACAUCUCGCCAUCUUUAUCUCACUGCCUUCCCAUUUCUCAGUCUUUUUUUUUUUUUUUUUGCUGAGUGUUAACCGACUUCACUCAGUUCUGUCAAGAAUGAUGUGUUUCAAGAUUUACACGUGGCCAAAUAUGAAUAGGACGAGCUAUUUUAUUCCCCUCCUUGUAUGCAAAUGUUCACAACACAUUGUAUAUAACAUACGAGAACCUGAAGCCUUGGGAAUUUUUUCUCUGAUGGUAGAGCAAUCUUUUGUGCAA